AUGAACCCAGAACUCAGAAGACAGGUGAUAGGUAUAUACAAAGAGCUAUUGGAGAUGGGCAAACACUACCCGCUGGGUUACGACUAUUUCCGACCCAGAUUGCACAAGGCAUUUAUGUCUAAAGCUCAUCUGACGGAUGAGGAGCAGAUUCGUCAAGGUAUCAAGCGAGCCGAGUUUGUGAAGAAGGAGAUCGAGGCGCUCUACUUCCUGAAGAAAUACCGGUCAAUGAAGCAACGGUAUUCCUAA